GAGCACGGCGGGAAAGAAGGGUAAAAUACGGCAGUUCCCGUCCAAAAAAAGGGACUUGACAGGUAUGUAUGACACUAUUUGAUGUUAUAAAUUCCCUCUGAUUAUCAAUUGACGUCCACACUCCAGUCCGGUAGGUGGCGGUAAAUGCCCUUUAAGUUGGUUUGCCAAUCGCCAAAAAAACACAAAGGAAGAAAUAUCCCUACGUAAAAUCCGUUAUGGCCGCCUGCGAGCGAACAGCAGACUGUGGUAUGUUAAAGUUUGACACCUGGCUGUGGCCAUUCACUGAAAGAGUUGAUAUGUUUUAAGUACGCACAUUGUGUGGUAGUGAACGAAAGCAGCAGGAACUACAUUCACUUUUCAAUUCAUCCUUCACUGCAUACAUUAGCUUUUGAUUUAAACCUUUUGACAUGCUGUUAUUGUCUCUGUACAUUUAAAAAGGCAGCCAGAAAGCAGCUAAUCUGUGAAAAAAGGGGUUUGAAUCUUUCGGAGCCCACAGCUCUAUUGUACAUCAAAAAGGAUCUUAAGUUCAGUUUAGUUGAAACGAAUUUACAUUUAACUCAAUUUUAAGACAAGCCCACAGAUCAAAUUCAUACCCGUACACAAACUCUCUCUUGGACUUGAUAAAGUACAAUAAUACAAAGGACCAACACCAGCAUGUAUGCAUGCAUUAGGUGGAAUAAAGCUUUCCAUUAUUAUUCACACAGGGUCAGUGAACUCACUGAAUCGACUUUUAUUAAGUGUGUUCGCAAUUUUUGUUUUUUAUUUUUUGCAGAACUAUGAUCUGAAAAGGGUUAGCCUCAAAGGUUUGAUUAACUAUUAAUUUGUCUAUUGACUAAUAGAUAAUUAGAGAAGAUCUAUAUUAGAAAUAAGCCUUUGCUUACUCCCACCUUUCAUGUUCAUAAAUUUUAUUUUCGUCUGUCAGAUUCAUUCCUUAGGUCUCUGCUGUGUUUGCUCUUAUUUAUGCACGUUAGUAAGCCCUCCUUUAGAUUUGUUUUAAAUGACUAUCCUUCAGGCAGGGACAGCAUAUUGGAACCUUUGAGUUUUCCAGAGCUUGGAGCUGGAAGUCCCAGCACUCCCAUUGUGGUACAGCAUCCCAGUGAUGAGCUGCUGGUCUGUCUGUUCUGCUCUGAGUCUGUCCCGCUGCUUCAGAAAGACACCCUGCUCAGACACCUGCUGCUGGAACACAAGCUGAUCAUCGCUGAUAUCAAGCUCAUAGCCAGCCUCCCAAGGUACUUGGUUUACUGGAAGGGCAGGUUCCUUGAACAACCAGUCACAGAUUUCUGCAGUGUCAUAAAGACUAAUUCCACUGGCCCAGUUGAGAAACAGGAGGAUUACUUCCUGCUAUGUGAUGUCCUCCCAGAGGACCGGAUCCUUAGAGAGAGGCUCCAGCAGAAACGACUGGAGGAGGUCCUAGAGCAACAACAGAAGGAGCGUGACGACUGCUACUUCCAUCGUCUUUGUUUAUUCUGCAGUGAGGAGUGCACUGGAAACAGGGCAUGUCUGCUGAACCACAUGGCCAGAGAACACUCAUUCAGCAUUGGGCUGCCAGAUAACAUUGUGUACUGCAAUGAGUUCUUGGACACACUACAAUAUAAACUAGACAAGUAAGAACUGACUCUAUAGCAGCUUGGUUUCUCUGACAAAACUGCUAAAUAGAUUUUUCAAUCAUCCACAGAUAAGCAGUGUCAAAUGGUUACAAUGUAGAGAAUAACUUUGGAAAUAUGGUGUUUUAUUUUUAAUCGGACGUUGGGGGCGGGGAGAAACCACAAAGGACACCAUCUGAAGCCUGGAUUUCUCUGAGGUUCCUCACUGUGCACAACUAGAACCCAAUAUGUAGGCUUAAAACAUGGUAGAAGUUGAUGUAAAAAAAAC